CGACAUUUGCGGCCCGCAUCAGCCCCGUGAGGUUGGAGCAUUCCAAGCAGCAGCACCUCGGCAAGCCGUGAAGGCACCCGUCGGUUCCGAGAGUCGAGAUGCGUGUCGAGAACUGUUUCUUUUGCGGGCGGCCCGCGUGGCCCAGCAAAGGCAUUACUUUUAUGAGAAACGACGGCAAAUCCUUCCGGUUCUGCCGCUCCAAGUGCCACAAGAACUUCAAGAUGAAGCGGAACCCGCGCAAGCUCAAGUGGACCAAGGCGUACCGGAAGAACGCGGGCAAGGAGAUGGUGGUGGACAGCACACUGCAGUUCGCGGCGCGGCGCAACGUGCCCGUGCGCUACAACCGGGAGCUCAUCGCCAAGACGCUCAAGGCGAUGGAGCGCAUCAGCGAGAUCCGCAGCCGCCGCGAGCGCGUCUUCUACAAGAAGCGCAUGGCCGGCAAGCGCGCCCGCGAGCUCGCCGCCGCCCGCAAGCUCGUGUCCGAGAACCAGCACCUGCUGCCCCGCCUGCGCGCCAGCGAGAAGAAGCGGCUGCCCGAGCUGGCCGCCGAGCGCGGCAUCUCCGUCGAGGAGCUCGAGCGCGAGGAGCUGGCCGCCCUGCGCACGAGCAAGAAGAGCAAGGCGUUUGGAGGCGAGGUCCGCAGGGCCCACCUGCGGGUGGAUGGCGGCGUCGAGCACACCGUGGAGUCUACAGGCGGAUACAUCGACGAAGAGGGGGAGGACGACGACGACGAGGACGACGACGGCAUGGAUACGGAUUGAGGGACCUAGGCCUACAACUCCUAUGUUCGGUGCUACCGGUCCCCUUCCACCAACCCGCCCUUGGCCUCAACAUCACGGCUCGGUUCCAUCCGCAAUGGAGGACGCAAGGGCAAGGAUUUGGGGUGUUUCUCAUCGAGCACUACAGGCGGUCUUGCAGGGAGCAGACAGUAGCUCUCGGGACCCACGUGCCGCGACGCUGCUGGCUCUGUCGGACGGAGGUUUCUGCGCCAGCGAAAGGCGCACUCAUAGACACCAUCGGUUUUGGGAAAAACUGGCGAAGUCGGCGUUAAUCGGAGGCGGAACUUGUCACAGAAUUAUAGGGCAUGUGAUUAGCUUGAUACCUAGGUUCUCCAUUACGCCCCUGGUUGCUGAGACUGAGGGGAGGAUAAAAUGCACACGCCAGUCGGUCCGUCGCAAGGCGGAGAAUUGCGGACGAGAUUUUGGAUGUUGUUUUGUCUUGAAAAUUGCUGUCGAAUCGAGAUGGCGUCUGUACUGGCUCUUUGGAUUCCCCUCUGUCCGCUUGCAGCUCACACGGUGACCAUGAGGCGAGGCUU